UUUGGCUGAUAUAAAAGAAAAUACUAAACUAAACCUUUGCAGUAGUUGUUGUUGUUUGUUGAUCCUCAAUUGUCUGCUACUCAUCAACGACAACACGACCACCCUCAUCCACAUCGCACACCAUUGUUUCUCUUAAGGUGUGUUUCACUGCAUUGAAAUUCUGUAAGAAUUUUGAAGAACUGGUAUAAUGGAAGACAGUGAUUCUAACAUAAGGAAAUGGGAGGAUCUGGACACAGAUAUUUUGGUGAAGAUUUUUCAGUUGCUUGACAUCUUUGAGUUAACUUCCGGCAUUGCUCAUGUCUGUAGUGCAUGGCGCAUGGCUUGCUGUGAUCCACUUCUUUGGAAGGCACUCGAUUUUUCAAUGUUAAAAUCUAAUUUCAUCAAGAUUCCGUUAGAGCCAUUUGUUUAUGUUGAUGGACGAUCUGAUAGGACAUUAACCCGUUUGUUGAAGAUUUCAUUGAGUUUGAGCAGGCAGAGUGUAAUGACAUUGAUCUUUCAUUUCAACUUGUACAUAAGUGAUGAACAGUUGACAUACACUGCUGAAAGGUGCCCGCAACUUCGACGACUAGUUCUGCCAGCUUGGAACAGAAUUAAGAGAAGUGGAAUGUGCAAGGCCAUCCGUGGGUGGAAAGAGCUAGAGUCCAUGACAAUGCCUACCAUAGCAAACCCACCAUAUCUUCUUGAUGAGAUCUCAACGCACUGCAAGAACUUCAGCGAGCUCAAGAUUAUGGGGCCAUGUGACAUAGUCUUUGCUUCAUCUCUUGCUGCAUUCCUUCCGAAAUUAAAGGUCUUGAGCCUCCGUUGCUCAAUUCUAUUUAAGGAUGUUCUCAUUCUCAUCCUAGACAGCUUGCAACAUUUAGAAGUGCUCAACAUAUCGCAUUGCGUACUGGUCGAACCCCUUCCACCACCUCAACACAAAGGAAUCAUCAGAGAAAUUGAUCAGACUAUUCGUCAGAAGGCUUCUCGGUUACGUAGCUUUAUCACAUGCAUGGAUGACUCAUGCGUCAUGUGCCAGCGAACAAGAACUGAUGAAGGGCUAGUUAGGUGGUACAAGUACGAGGAAGGGCUUUGGAAAACAGAUGAGGUGAGGUCCCUUGCACUUUGAGAUGAAAAAAGCAAUCUGUAUCAUCUAAUUGUUGCCGCUUGUGUAACAUUUUCUGUUAAGUUUUUCUCCUACCUUAGUUGUAGAUCCAAAUAAGCAAAGGUGAAGUAUUUCAAAUAAUGUUUUAUCACCCUUUAGAAGGAAUUUGUCAGAUCUUGUAACUGUAAAUAAGAAUAAGCUAUUUUCUGCUACAAAGGUAGUUUGGUUUCAUUUUGUA